CAUGACGUUGCGGUUCUGUCAUUUGACCACCGGUUUCCCGCGUGUGUUGUGUGCAGUGUAGGAGCCAAUAUGGCGGCUCCUCUGGAGGUAAUUGUUAGUAGUGACUCUGGUUCUCAGCUUUGGAAUUGCACUGUGUUCGACCUCCACAGUGGCUCCAGCCUGCUGUCGUACCGAGGAGGGAACAGCUCGAGCCGUACACUCGCCGUCCUUCGCGGGGAGUUCUUGUUGUCCGCCCAGCUCGGAAAGAACAUCAUCAACGUGUGGGAGAUCCAGAGGAAGGAUCAGCUGCAGCAGAAGAUUGUGUGUCCAGGUGUAGUCACCUGUCUGAGUGCUUCACCUAAUGGAUUCUUCCUCGCUGCUGGAGUCGCCGAGGCCAUUUACCUGUGGGAGGUGUCCACAGGUAAACUACUGUCUGUCCUCAGUCGUCACUAUCAGGAUGUUACCUGCCUGAAGUUCACCGAUGACAGCAGCCAUUUUAUUUCUGGAGGAAAAGACAACCUGGCUCUGGUGUGGAGUCUGUGCAGUGUGAUCCAGUUGGAUUUAAGCCACAACCCUGACCCUCGUCACAUCCUGUCCCGUCACACUCUACCAAUCACAGACCUGCACUGUGGCCUGAUGGGAGUUCAGGCCAGAGUCGCCACGGCCUCCUUGGACCAAACUGUCAAGGUGUGGGAGUUGUCCUCAGGUGAGCUGCUCCUGUCUGUCCUCUUUGAUGUGGAGAUCAUGUCUGUGACCUUUGACCCCUGUGAGUACUUCUUGUUCUGCGGAGGAAGUGAUGGGAACAUUUUCCAGGUGUCUCUGUGCAGCCAGAGUCACAGUCGGGACAGAUCCUUCCAGCCAGACAAUGAUGGAAACCAGGUCUUUAGAGGACACAGGAACCUGGUGAUGUGUCUUUCGGUCUCGAUGGACGGGACUCUCCUCCUCUCUGGGUCACAUGAUGAGACGGUUCGACUCUGGGACACCCAAAGUAAACAGAGCAUCCGCUGCCUUGCCCACAAAGGUCCAGUGACAAACGCUGUCAUCAUGGCAGCUCCAGCAAACAUGUUCCUUCCUGACAGUCGGCCUGCCGUGCCUCUGCCGCGCUUCAGCCGACACCUGCACGCCACAGAAGGCGAUGGUGGAGAGUUCGGAGAGGUGUGCGUCCGUCUCGGUCUCUACACCCAGGAGGAGGAGACGUACCUGCAGAAAGCUGAUAGGCUGAACUCUUUGAUGGACGCUGUGAUGGACAAGUCGGUGUUUGGCGAUGGUGAAAACACGAAGGUUCGAGUCUCAGAGUUGGAAGAAGAAGUUCAGACUCUGAAGAAAAUCAACAAAGAUCUGUAUGACUUCUCCAGUCAGCUGCUCACCAAACCCACUUAGACACAGUGUGUACAGGUACACACUGAGAAACACACCCAGGUUGACACAAGCACACACACACUGAUUGUUGUUGGAAAAUAAAGGUCUCUUGUUUUUGUAUGA